GUUCAUUCAAUACACACUCCUCAAAUCUACUGAUGAUACACGAUGGCACAAACAUAUGUCCAUGAGCCGUUACCCUCGUCGCGGUCGAUCAGGCUAAUUUCUUUAGCCCCUUCAGUGACGUCUAAUGCACCAAUACAAUGCGACAUCAUUAUUGUAGAGCUUCACGAUCGACGGACAAAGGUGCCCUACGAAGCUUUAUCAUAUGUAUGGGGCUCCCCGACCGGUACGAUACCGAUUCGGUGUAAAGGGAUGGAGCUUUUGGUGACGCCAAAUUGUCACGAUGCCCUGCUCCAUCUACGGUUCAGGUUCUCGCGACGCAUCCUCUGGAUAGACGCCAUAUGCAUUGACCAGGGAGACGAUGAUCGCGCAAUCCGAGAACGGAAUUCUCAAGUGCAGAUGAUGGGAGAUGUCUAUGAAAACGCGUCAAGAGUUCUUAUUUGGCUUGGUUUGGCUCAUCAAUCUACUCCAAGGGUAUUUCGUAUGCUCAGAAUGAUCGGCUUCGUAACUUACUGGCCGGAAGGGCACGACUUUGCCCAGCGUCCGGCGAAGAUAAUCCGUACGGCCCUUUCUCGCCGCCUCCAAGGUACGUUGAAAGAUUUUGUUCAUAUUAAACGAUUGUUUGUUGACAUUGUGAUAGCGAAUGGUAAGGAAUCGAAGGGGUACACUGAAGGACUACAACACCUUCUAGGAAAUAGGUGGUUCUUUCGGGUAUGGACAAUGCAGGAGGCUGUUUUUGCUCGAAAGUGUGUCAUUCUAUGCGGCAAUAGCCAACUGGAUUGGACGUUGUUUAAUUCGGCACUAGGCAUCGUAGACAUUUCGUUUGGGGAUUUAGGGGUAUUAUGGCUAGCUACUACCAGAAAUGUUGCAGGUGCUCAAAUCCGAAAAUACAAGAACGCUGCGACUAGCAAAGUGUCAGACACAUCUCCCACCAGCCGGGACAAAAUGCCAUCCAAAUCAAAAUUUGAGUUUGAGCGAAUGGACGUAUUUUGGAUAAGGACGCUGGGACAUUUGCAAUGCUCUGUUCCCCAGGAUAAGGUCUAUGGUUUAUACUCAAUCUUCAGGGCCACUGGACUCGAGCUACCAGACGUCGACUAUAAAAAGACUGUGCAAGAGGUAUACGGAGACAUUGCCAAGAGCUUCAUUAGAAUGCAUGGCCGUAGCCUCAAUGUGCUACUUAUCAGCAUUAGGCCCCAAGGUCACGAUGACUUUCCAUCCUGGACGCCUAACUGGGAAAUGUCUCAUUUGCCAGGGAAAGACGUUUUCGAUAAUACUGGAAACGUCUUCUUCGAGGGAUCCACGUAUCGUGCCAGCGGUUAUAGUUUAGCAACCACCCCAAGCCUUACACCUGCUACGGAACUUCAAGUAAGAGGUUUCAUCGUAGGGGGUGUACGAAAAAUUAUCGUGUCAUCUACGGCUGGAAAGCAGCCGGAGCUGGUUGGAGUAAGAGACUUUUCUCUCAACUUCAUUGUUGCGUGUCGUGCGUGGUUAGUGCAGCUUGGUUCUAUCUGGGAGGCAGAGAUAUACCAAGGCCAGGGAGUCCCUAUAAACGCGCUAAUAAACACGCUGGCAUUCUUCGAAUUUUCUGGGACGGAAGAUUUGGACUCGGAGCAGCUAGACCAGAUCGAAGCGCGGUUUCAUUGCUGGGCCGACGUUUUCAUAUAUCCGGAUUGCGAUGUCGUCACAACCCAAGAUAUAGAAGCUGUUGCGCAACUAGACCCUAGCUUGGUAGAUUACCCGAAGAUGAUAGAAGCUGCUCUGGACGUUGCAAAUAUUAGGUCUUCGGGGGACAUUGUAUCAGAUGCCGUAAAGCGGAUUUUGAGGGGUGCAAACUUGUUUCAUUCUGAACUCUGCUUCCAGCUGGCUAAUUGGGCUUUUCUAUUCCUUGAAACUGGCCAUAUUGGUAGAGCAUAUUUCAACUGCAGAGAAGGUGAUAAAGUUGCGCUUCUGGCUGGAUCAAAUGUCCCCUUUAUACUGAGAGAAGUUGAACAUCACCGCUACCAACUCGUAGCACCAGCUUAUAUUUACGGGAUCAUGAAUGGGGAGUUGUGGCCUGCUGAUGAAAUAGGGGUCGAGGAUAUAACAUUGGUAUAAAGGGGUUGUUACACUGGUGCUGGCGUUCGCCUGCUUGCACCUAGAAGGUGCUACACUUGAAUUAAGAGAACGGCCAAUAAUUAAAGAUUAAUAGAAUGAAGCUCGACUUGAUGAUUCAAGGUAAGCAAGCUGUUGGCUGUACAAUGCUUGAGGGACCCAAGCGUUGGCCCCACCUUGCCAUUAUUAGGUCGUCUUCACCGAAUUGAUCGUCGACAGCACCGCAACAUCCUUUAAACAAAGCUUGUUGUGUGUGUAAUGCAGAAAUGGACGUCAUUAACCUUCCUUGGGA